GCAUUGUCCAGUAUCAGCUAUUUAUUUCACAGUCACACUAAUUGAAUUUUUGGCAAAACAAAGUUACUAUGACACAAGCAGUGCAUGUAAACUACCAACGAUCCAUCACAACAUGUCUUCUUUCUGUGAAAUCCCUUUCUUACAGAGAAACCUCAGCCUGUCCUCACUGUGUCUCCAUUAUGGCUGAGUCCUGGAGACUCAGUAACUCUGAACUGCAAUGUUAGAGGUCCAUCUGCAGGAUGGAGGUUCUACUGGUAUAAGGCUUUUGCCAGACCAGUAGGCUACUCCUACAGUUAUGAGCUGCUACCUGGCAGCACCAGUGGGACUGAACAGGAUUCCUACAUCGUUCAUGGACAGACACACACAGCAGGAUAUGUGUGCAGAGCUGGAAGAGGAGAUCCAGUGUUUCACUCUGACUACAGUGAACCUAAGUUUGUCUGGUCUGGAGAUGUUCAUUCAGCAGCGUCUCUCACAGUGAGUCCUGACAGAGCACAGCACUUCGUCAAAGAGUUAGUGUCACUGAGCUGUGAGGGAAACUCCAUCAAGUGGAGAGUGAUAAGGUUUUCUUAUCAUGGCUCCCUGUCACACUGUACUAUCUGGGGGACAAUGACUGGAUCCACAUGCAACAUAAACCGUUCCUGGAUAAGUGGAGUGUACUGGUGUGAGUCUGAAACAGGACAGUUCAGCAAUGCAGUCAACAUCACUAUACAAUACGAUGAUAUUAUCCUGGUGAGCCCUGUCCAUCCUGUAGCUGAGGGACAUCCUGUCACUCUUAGCUGCAAGUUGAAGACAGAAAAGGUUCUUCAUGAUGUGGAUUUCUAUAAAAAUGACAAACUCAUCAGAUAUCAUACCAAUGGGGAGCUGAUUAUCUCUGCAGUCUCAAAGUCAGAUGAAGGCUUUUAUAAAUGUAAAGGAAAAGAGUCACCACCAGGUUGGCGGAGUUGGACGUCAAGAGAGAGUUGGAUGUCAGUAAAAUAUGUACCAGCGUCCGGGCCUGAAAAGAGCUCUCCAUUUCCUGUGCUGUUGAUUGUUGGACUGGUUUGUGGAGUUUUACUGAUUAUUCUCCUGCUGCUGUUUCUGUACCGCUACAGAAAGUCAAAAGAUUCAUGCUUUAAGAGGUCUCAGAGCACCAAUCAGGGUCCUGCUACAGACCACAUGAUCAACCAGGAUGAAACUCAAAGCAGAGUAUAUGCUUCUCUUCUCCAUGGUGAUUUGUGUCUCUAUGAAACAAUCCAAGGCGCUGAAGAACCUGAAAAUGGAGAGAAUAAUGAACCAGAGGAGAGAGUUUACACAAAUGUGACGACAAGAUCAGCUGCAGACAUCUGUAUGGACAAAACCAAUGGAAAUAGAUGGCAACAUGAAAAACCACAUCCUUGUUUAAACACCAAUUUGCAGCUUUUGUGUAAUUAUUGUUUGCACUUCUGCUUUCCUAUAGGCCAGUAUUUUGUACAGUUAACCUAGUAGCAGAUCAUUUAAAGGAAGUGCAUCAUAUGGCUUUGAUAUUCUGUUGUCCUUGGUACAAGACUACAGAUUAUUACAUAUAAUAAUUAAAUGUAUUUAGUGUUUAUGUCAUGUAUUUCUUCAUCGGUACAGAUUAACGUCACUUUGUUUUUUAAUGCAGGCUGGUUCAAAAAUCAGCAAAAAGAACUUGUUUGAAAUAUUUGAGCUUCAGUACCUUGGUGAUAGUUCAGCUAUAAAAUCAGCAUUUCUUUCAUUUUUGAUG